AUUCGACUGUGAAUGCGUCAUUGAUGAUACCAUAAAUGCACCAAGAUCCGAAUGAAGAUACACAGUGGAAUGACAUUCUCAGGAGUAAAGGGAUUAUACCUGAGAAACAGAAGGAAAUUACCGAGGAUCAGAUAGUUGAUAUUGUGGAAAAUGCAGUAAAUGAAAAAACUGGCGUGGUACUUAAUCGACUGGAUGAAUUGGAUGAAUUAGAAGAUGAAGAGGAUGAGGAGGUUCUACUGGAAUAUCGACGAAAGAGAAUAGCAGAAAUGAAAGAACUAGCUAACAAAUCUAAAUAUGGUGAAGUUAAGGAAAUAUCAGCAGAGGAUUAUGUUAAAGAAGUGAAUAAUGCUGGAGAUGAUGUUUGGGUUAUACUUCAUUUAUAUAAAGCUGGCAUCCCCCUUUGUACACUAAUAAAUCAACAUUUAGCAAACCUAGCAAGAAAAUUCCCUGCAACUAAAUUUUUAAAAAGCAUUUCUACUACUUGCAUUCCCAACUGGCCAGAUAGCAAUCUUCCUACUAUUUUUAUCUACCACAGUGGAAAUAUGGUGAAAGAGAUAAUUGGACCAAUAGAAUUAAGAGGCAUGAAGCUAACUGAAGCAGAACUGGAAUGGAUGUUGGGACAAAUAAAAGCUGUACCAACAAAAAUUACGGAAGAUCCAAAGCCAAAAAUCAAGGAUGUAUUAUUUUCUACAUUAAGGCAUGAAACUGAUGAUCUAGCUGAGAGUAACGAUUGGUAAUUGUAUUUAUGCUGGUACUUAUGCAAGCUGAACCAAUGUUUGGAAACCACAGAGCACAAAACAUUUUAUUUAUUUUAUCACUGUUGUCACAUAUACAUACAUCAUUUUCUGUUACUUUCGAAAUUUUAUUGCUAUAAAUAAUAAUCGUAC